AUACAGACUGCAGAGAGAAAAAGUGAGAGGAACACAUAGACAGAGACAGCAAAAAGAGACAACAGAAGGACAGUACAUAACAAGACAACUCUGUCCUGUCCUCUCCCCAACUCCCACCACCCCCCACCACACCAACCAUCUCCCCCCGCCCCUCUCCUCCAUUUUAACUCCCCUCCCCUCAUUGUUCUUCUUCUGGGGGUACCCAAAACUCUUCACAUUUCCCCACCAUAUCAAAAAUCCUCAUUUCAAGCAAACCCCAUUCCCCCGCCCACCCCACCCCCCUCUCCCCAGUCACACCACAUAGUUCAGUUUUAGCUCAUCAAGGUUCAACCUUCAAGCACUUUUCUUCAUUUUUAAGACUUUUCAAGAAUCUGGGUCAUCAUAAAAAUAACUAAAGAUUCAACCUUCAUGUUAUUUCUUCAUUUUUAAGACUUUUCAAGAUUUUGGGUCAUCAAGAAAAAAACUUCAAGAUUUAACCUUUAAGUAGUUUUCUUCAUUUUUAGGACCUUUCAAGAUUAUCUUUAAUUAAGUAGUUUUCUUCAUUUUUAGGACUUUUCAAGAUUUUGGGUUAUAGAGAAAAGGCAAGACUCAAUCUUUAAGAUGUUUUCUGCAUUUUUAGGACCUUUCAAGAUUAAGUUUAAGUAAUUUUCUUCCUUUUUAGGACUUUUCAAGAUUUUGGGUCAUCAAGAAAAAGCUUAGAGAUUCAACCUUUAAGUAGUUUUCUUCAUUUUUAGAACUUUUCAAGAUUAUGUUUAAGUAGUGUUCUUCAUUUUUAGGACUUCUCAAGAUUUUGGGUCAUCAAGGAAAAGCUUAAAGAUUCAACCUUUAAGGUGUUUUCUGCAUUUUUAGGAAUUUUCAAGAUUGUGGGUCAUCAAGAAAUUUGUAAAAAAAUGUACUCAACAUUGCCUAUAAGGAGUUUAGGUAUAGAGGAAAGUGGUGAUUUUUUCAAUCUACAAGGUUGUCUUUCAGUUGAUGGUACAAAUUUGCCAGGUGAUUCUUGUGUAGUUUUAUCAACUGAUCCUAAGCCACGUCUUAGAUGGACUACUGAACUUCAUGAACGUUUUGUUGAUGCUGUUACUCAACUUGGUGGUCCUGAUAAAGCAACGCCAAAAACAAUUAUGAGAACAAUGGGGGUGAAAGGUCUGACCCUAUACCAUUUGAAGUCACAUCUCCAGAAAUACCGCAUGGGGAAGCAAUCUGCUAAAGAGGGAACUGAGAAUUCUAAAGACGUAUCAUGUCCGGCAGAGAGUCAAGAUACAGGUUCCUCUACAUCAGGUUCAUCAAGAGUUAUUGCGCAAGAUAUAAAUGAAGGCUUACAAGUAACUGAGGCUUUGCGAGUACAGAUGGAAGUCCAGCGAAGACUACAUGAGCAGCUAGAGGUACAACGCCGUCUACAGUUUCGUAUAGAGGCACAAGGAAAAUAUCUGCAAUCAAUUCUUGAAAAAGCUUGUAAAGCUUUUAAUAGCCAGUCCCUUGAAUCGAAUGGCCUAGAAAUGAACGGAGAAGACCUCCCUGCAUUAGCAACGAAGGUUGCAAACGACUGUGAAGGGAUCAUCACUGUCCCUUCAUUACCUGAGAUUGGCUCGAGUAUUGAGAACAGGAAUGCUUGUCACUUGCCUGCCAGACUUGGCGAUUGCAUGCUUGAUGACUGCUUGCCAUCAAAUGGAAUCGGUGCUCUAAAGAAGAGACCGCGAGCUUUUACUAACGCCAAUGGAUUGCCUAUGGAAAGCAAUACAAGGGAGGUGGAAUGGAUGAUGAGUAAUAUAUGAACAAAAUCUUUCAACAAACAAAUCAGUGUAUUUUUUACCACCUUUCUCUAAAUCUGUUUGAUCCAAAGAUCAAACAAUGUUCCAAAUGUAUGUAAUAAGUUUUAUCACCUUGAAUUUAAGACCCCCUUUGUACUAACAACAUAGUUGGAGUGUUUUUUCCUUAUUGUUUUCGGCAUUUGUCAAUGUUGCAAAUGAAGGGUUAGAGCCUAA